AUGUCGCCUAACAGAACCCUCAAAUAUACUAAUGUUCAACGACUAAAUUCUGAAGAUGAAUUCUCCAAGAGUAUUGGUACUGAAAAUCUGGUUAUGGAUAAAUUUUGUGGGGCAGUUAACACAGUUCAAGAACUUACUUUUUGUGACCAAAUUGAAAAGAUGAAUAUCGAUAAACUGUUAGCUUUAUCUCAAGUAGAUGAUGUAACUACUCAAGUUAAUAAUGAAUAUCAAGAUAAAAAAUUGGAUCUAACUAAGAAUUAUGAAUUGGCAAAAACUUCAAGCAAUACAAAACUUACAGACAAUACCUCUACAAGUGGCACAAAAUGCGGAAACGACCCAUCAUCUCAAAAGGUACAUAUAACAGUUGAGAAUAAUGAUAUAAAACACUGUUCCAGUCUACAUCAGAAAUUUCAGCCAAGAACGCAGUCAUAUGAUAAAAAUUUAAGGGACUGUGAAUAUUGUUCAUGA